AGCUGCUUUCUACCCUUUAAACUGACCAUCUCCUGAAUCAGGAUAACAUUCUGUUCAAAAUCCCGUUCUCGUCUCGCCUAACCCGAUCCAAAGCUGAACAACGCUAUGGCUGCUCUACCAGACAUCGACGGUGCCUCUGCCCACGAUCCGCUUCUAUGCGACUCUUCACCGUCGUUUCUCGCCCAGAUCCCGCGAUCCGUGCACCGUGCCCUCGGCGGCGGCCCAGUCGCCGAUGUGCUUCUGUGGAGACGGAGGAACGCAGCGGUUCUCGCGCUGGCCGGGGCUACGACGGUGUGGUUCUUUUUCGAGCGGGCUGGGUACAAUUUCUUGUCCGUCCUGGCGAACUCUACCGUCCUUGUCGUGGUCAUUCUUUUCUUUUGGGCCAAAUCUGCCUUGCUCCUCAACAGGCCUCUUCCGCCCCUUCCCAAUCUCGAGGUUUCAGAUGAGGUAGUCAAUAAGGUUGCUGAGCGAGCUAGGGUCUGGAUCAAUCGUGUCUUGGCAAUAGGGUACGACAUAGCCAUUCAGAGAGAUAGAAAGGUUUUCCUUCAGGUUAUAUUGAGCAUGUGGGUUGUGUCCUACAUUGGAAGUUUGUUUAACUUACUUACACUUGCCUACAUAGGAGUGCUUUUGGCAAUCACGAUUCCUGCUAUUUAUGACAAGUAUCAAGAGCAUGUUGAUCAAAAGCUUGGUGUGGCACAUAAUGUUGUCUUGAAGCAGUAUGAGAGCAUUUUUAGUAGAGGACAAGGAAGAUCAACCAAUGAAAAGAAGACACAAUAACAAAUUUAUAGCUUAACAGUGUCUCCCAUGUUUUUUUAUCACUUAGGUAAUAGCAGUUACCUUUUUUAUUUAUCUGGUGCAUUUUGUUUCUGUAUAUUUUCCCUGCACAAUGAAAAUUCACUAAGGUGGUCAUUCCUAGUAAGAAAGAUACUUGAACAAGUGAGAUUUUGACCGUGGUAUUGUAUGAACUUGUACUGAUGUAUUGUUGAAUUUCAGGCAACAAAUAAGAACAAAUAUUGCACCACAUAAAACUUAAAUUUGA